CCUGCUGUAAUCUGCGGUUUGACCCACAGGGGGCUCCACCGACACGACGAGGGACUGAGACCGAAAAAGACGGUUAUGAGACUUUUAGGGUCCGAGAGACACUGAACACAGCAUCUCACAUUCUGCCACACACACUGGUGAGGAACUGGUGGUGAACUGGUGAGGAACUGUAAACUGGUGCACUGUCUUUAUUCACUGAAUUUAUCGUUUCACUGGACUCAUUGUACAGUUCGAUUAAACAGCUGUUUCCGGUUGUGUGGUUCUACAUCUGCAGAUGUUCUACACAGCUGGAUUCAUGGUCACUGAUCUUUGUAUCACAGAAGGACUUUCAGACUGGAACCAGUUUUCAUUAUCAAUCAUCUGAUUAGUCAUUUCCUUUGGUCAUCGAUCGAUUAUUCAGAGAAUAAAAUGUUGGAAAAUUAAAUUCUUCAUUUUCAAAUUGAUGUUUGUUUAAUUUUCUGUCAGUCGCUUCAUUAACUACAGUUUCAGUUUCCAUCACCAAGAUGAACCUCAGAAGCUUAAUCCAGCCCUGACUCUGAGGGGGAGGGCAGCUUCGUCCUACGGGGGACCUGAGGAGACCAGAGACAGGUGGACCGUCAGUCAGACAGACAGGUGGACAGACAGACAGGUGGACCGAGCAGCCAUGAUGCCUGCAGCCUCCUCCUCCUCCUCCUCGCGCUCGUCUCCUUCUCUCGCUCUGAAUCACGGAAAAACACCAAAAUGAGGCUCGUGCUCCUGCUCUGCUCUCAGCCGCUCCUCUCUGGUGCAGCAGCAUAGCUAUGGUUUAUGCCCAAUCAUCAAACACAGUCGGUAUCAAUCCCUCCCUUUACUCUCCGGCUUUCUCGUAUCAGAUGUCAUUUAACUACUCUGAGAGGGAAAACUCGACUGUCCUGGCAACCUUACCCACAACUCCCCUGUGCAGCCUUGAGGGCUUGUCCUCCGGCCAGCCAAACGGGACCGCCACCUCCUAUGAGCUGACUUCAGGUGAGGUCGCCAUCCUGGGCUUGGUGUUUGGGGUUCUCUGGCUGGUCUCCAUCCUGGGAAAUGCCCUCGUCUGCCUGGUCAUCCACCGGAGCCGGCGGACUCAGUCCACCACCAACUACUUUGUGGUGUCUAUGGCCUGUGCAGACCUGCUUAUGAGCUUGAGCUGCGCCCCAUUCGUCCUCCUGCAGGUCGCCUCAGGACGAUGGCCACUAAGCGCUGCUGCCUGCAAAGCUGUACGCUACCUGCAGCACCUGUGUCCCGGGGUGCAGGUCUACGUCCUGCUUUCAAUCUCUGUAGACCGUUUCUACACCAUCGUCUACCCCCUCAGCUUCAAGGUGUCCAGGGAGAAAGCAAAGAAGAUGAUCCUGGCCUCGUGGCUGUUUGAUGCUGCCUUGGUCUCGCCCUGCCUCUUCUUCUAUGGAUCUACAUCUGCAGACAGCAGUCAUUGUGAUUUUUUCCUUCCAGACAGCUGGGGCAGUAUAACCUAUGCUGCAGUCCACCUGCUGCUUGGUUUUCUGGUCCCGGUAGCACUGAUUGUGUCGUUCUACCAGCGGGUGGUCCGCUACAUCUGGAGGAUCAGCACCGAUGGCCACACAGUGCGCCGGACGAUGAACAUCGUUCCACGGACUAAAGUCAAGACCAUCAAGAUGUUUCUAAUGCUGAACUCAGUUUUCUUCCUCACCUGGACGCCCUUCUACGUGGCCCAGUUGUGGCACCCGAGAGAGUCUGACGGACCCAGCAGGCAGGGGCUGCUGUUCUUCACGGCCAUCGCCUGGAUCUCCUUCAGCUCCACGGCAUCCAAACCGACCCUGUACUCAGUCUACAAUGCAAACUUCAGAAGGGGCAUGAGGGAGACCUUCUGCAUGUCGUCCAUGAAAUGCUACCGCAGUAAUGCGUACACCAUCACAGCGAGCUCCCGGAUGGCAAAAAAGAACUACGUUGGGGUGGUGGACAUCCCGGUUCAAUCAAAGACGGUCACCAAGGACUCGGUUUACGAUACAUUUGAACGAGAGGCCAAGGAAAAGAAGGUAGCCUGGCUCACCAACGCCAAUCCGCCGAACACUUUUGUGUAAAUGACCUUGGUGAUUUUGAAACUCUGAACAUACAUAAACCUUUAUUCAUCAACAGCACAUCAGUGUUGGCAGGUGAGCUAGCUGGAGGCUAACAUGCUAGCUCUGUAUUCAUCGAAAGCAAAAACUCCCAGAAACAGAAUGUUCAGUUUGUAUAAAGGGCUUUUUCCUGAUGUAACACACCUUCUGGCAGCCAUAUUGGAGGUUCUCAACAGCUGUGAACAGCUAGCCGAUUUUCUACUUCAGACUUUAAUCAUAGUUUAUUUCUGUGCUGUGUUUCGAUGUAUUGUUUUGCCAUUGAUGCGUCAGAUUUUGUGUUUUGAUAACGUCAGCUUGUUAACUAGCUAACCAUAGUCCGUGGCCAUCCAUCCGUGACCUGUUGUACCUGAUUUGCUGCAGUAAUGCAUGUGGUACCAGCUAAUGUUAGUAGCUGUUAACAUUAACAGUGUCUGCUUUGCUACAUUAAGAGUAACGGUGAGCUGUCUAGCUAACAAAGCUAAAAGUAGACUUUGUUCAGGUGACGUGUGCGGGCUGCGUUCCUGCGAUGAGAAACACUGAGACUAAAGAACUGAGGGAGAGAAAAUACUUCCUGAACCAGAACCUGAACCAAAGUCCUGCCCCUCUUCAGGAUUAGCUUCUCAGCCGCUACCUGCUAAUCUAUGGUUUUUCUUUCAAAGAUAAAAACAUUUGCACAUUUUUCUCCUUUGUACAAAAUGUCUAAACUCUCUGCCACAAAUUUCUACCUCAGAGCAUUUUUAUUUUAUGGGUCCCGUGUUUUCCAGCUGAUUUCCCAGAUGCUGGUGUUUUAGCUGUUAAUUACUAAGAUAUUUUCAAGGAAGUUGUUCAUUAAAUUUUAGUUGUUAAGACAAAACUAAAAAUAAUUUAACUGUAUUUAACUGGCUUCUCAUCAAGUAUGUACCCAUUUAUCCACGGCCUCUAGAUCCGUCCUCAUUUUUUGAUCUUGUGCUCACAGGAUAAAAAAAGAAUAUUACAUUUUGUGACUCAAAAGUUUUUCCAGAAGUGUGGUGGGAUUUCGGCUCUUUGCAGGCGACAGGACAGCUUCCUGUGAGUAAGUACAUUUCACUUUAUUAACUCUGACGUUUCACUACACCACAGCAAUCUUGGGCUUUUCCUGAUUUUCUGAGAUGGUGAAUCCUCCGCAAACACUGCAUCUGAACACAUGGAUGUUGGUGUGUGGUUUAAAGGAUUUCUCAGGUCGUGCGGUCUGUGGUCAGUAGCCUGCCCUUUUUUCACAACUGGUGACGUCCUGAGGUGAAGGGAGAAUUCAUUUGUCACACACGAGGUCGUAAUCAUCUAAAUGAGGGAUAAAACUGUAAAGACUCUUGUGCUGCAUCACCAGCAUCUGCACAGAGCUACACCUGCUUUCUGUCUGGAGAAUCAUCAUUUCACAUAUUGUCCUUUGUGCUUUACAGCCUCACAUUACACAGCUGCUUUAGGUCCCAUUUUCCUCUGACAGCAGCCUCAGGACCGACUUCACAGCUUCAUCCAACUGAUGACAGAGUUUACAGUAGAAAAGGUAUCUGUCUAUUUUCCAUCCCUCUUUCACUUUUAUAUUCUGAUGUGUAAUGAACCAACAGCCCAGUGACGCUCACACUGUUUUAAAUAGAGCUGCAACAAAUGUUCAAUUAAUCAAUUAGUUGAUCAAUAUAAAUUUAAUUGGCAACUGUUGUGACCAUGAUGAUCGAUCAAACAUUUCAGUGAUUUUUCUCACAAAAAAAGCCAAAAUUUGACUGGUUACAGCUGCUGAAGUCUGUCUUCAUGGUGCAGUAAUCCAGAGAACGAUCAGCAGGUUCAUCGUUCAUCAGAAAUCAUCAUUGGCUGCAGCCUUAGUUUUGCUUCUCGUAAAGUUUGUGUUUUCCAGACUUUAAGUUGAUGUGCUGCAGCAGCAGAGUCUGCUCAGGGCGAUGCAGAUUCACCUGUCCACACAUGAUCCUCACCUGUCGCAGCUCUGACGCUUUAGCUGCUUGUAAAAAACACAUCAACAUUAUGUGAUGAAACACUUGUGAAUCUUCUUUGAAACUUUCUGUAACCUUAAUUUAAUGUCCAUGCUUUAUACUUAAAUUCUGUUUAACAUGACACACACACACACAGUUGUUUUGAAGUUUGUUUAGACAAUG